AUGUAGUUGUGUUUGUGCCCACCCCUCCUCAACGUCACAGUACCGGAGCCGUCACAGACAGACUCAACAUUUUUUGGAAUCAAAAAGAAAUAUAUGAUUCAAGUCUGAACAAAUGGAGAUGCAUUUAGUGGAUGGGGCUAGGGAGGCCUUCCAGUCGGGCAGGUCCAGACCCCUGGAAUACAGAAAACAGCAGCUCAGAGCCCUGCACCGGCUUAUCACUGAACACCAAGCAGACAUUGCACAAGCUCUAAAACAAGACAUCAACAGGAGUAUGUAUGACACUUCACUCUUUGAGCUGAUUGGUCUUGAGAAUGACAUCAAGUUGGCGGAGAGUAAUCUGGCUGACUGGGCUGCUCCUCAGCCUGUGAAGAAGAACCUCAGUACUGCUGUUGAUGAUGUUUACAUAAAGCCUGAACCUUUGGGUUUGGUGCUGAUAAUUGGAGCCUGGAACUAUCCUUGGGCUCUCACUCUGCAACCCCUCACUGGAGCUAUUGCAGCAGGCAAUGCAGCUGUGGUGAAGCCAUCAGAGCUGAGUGAGCACUCUGCCAGACUUCUGAAAGAACUGCUUCCUCAGUAUCUGGAUAAGGAGAUGUAUCCAGUGGUGACAGGAGGGAUUCCAGAGACUCAGGAACUUUUGAAGCAGCGUUUUGACCACAUCUUCUAUACGGGAAACAGCACAGUGGGGAAACUGGUUAUGGAAGCAGCUGCUCGGCAUCUCACGCCAGUGACUUUAGAACUGGGUGGAAAGAGUCCCUGUUAUAUUGAUAAGAACUGCGACAUUGCUGUGGCAUGCCGGCGAAUAACUUGGGGGAAGUUUGCAAAUUGUGGCCAGACCUGCAUUGCACCUGACUACAUCCUGUGCGAGCCGAGCAUCCAAGACAGGAUUGUUGAGGAGAUUCGAAAUACGCUACGGGAGUUCUACCCUGAGGAUCCUAAAACCUCUCCAGAUUAUGGCCGUAUCAUUAACACACAUCACUUUGACAGAGUAAUGGCUCUGAUGGAGGGAUGUACAAUUGCUCUUGGAGGAGAGAGUGAUAGGUCACAGUGUUACAUAUCUCCCACGGUCCUGCAGAAUGUUUUGCCCCAUUUCAGAAUCAUGCAGGAAGAAAUCUUUGGACCUCUGCUGCCUAUUGUCGCUGUUAAUGAUUUGAGUGAGGCCAUACAUUUUAUCAAUGGAAGGGAAAAGCCCUUGGCACUCUAUGUGUUUUCCUAUGAUAAAAAGGUGAUUAACCGAAUGUUAAUGGAAACUACCAGUGGAGGAGUGACUGUUAAUGAUGUCAUGAUGCACUAUACUCUUAAUUCCUUACCUUUUGGAGGUGUGGGAAACAGUGGAAUGGGGCAAUAUCAUGGCAAACACACCUUCGACCAGCUGAGCCACCAUCGUUCCUGCCUCAUCAAGUCUUUUGCAAUGGAGAGUUUGAAUGACGCCCGCUACCCCCCACUAUCAGCAGCCCGAGUGCGCAAGGCCAAGCUUGUCUUGCAGACUCGGUGGUGCAGUUGUUGUAGUGGCAUGUGUGUGUGGGCCGUUGUCUCCACCGUAGUGGCUGUCGGUCUUCUUAUUGCCUUACUGGUUGUGUUGCUAUAGGUAAAAGAUUUUACUACCUAUUAUAGCAUGGCAUUGUGGAAUUCUUGAUUCUGAUUGGUUAGUACACAUUCCAAGGUGCUGAUUAAUUCUUUUCAAGAAACUUAAUUGAGGGUAUAAUAAGAUAGUUCUGUGCACAAGAGAGUUUUAGGGGUAAAAACCUGAAAAAUGUCUCAAGAUAAACACAUGUACAUUGGUUAACCAUGUUAAAAAUGGAAUAAUUGACAUUACCAAUUUUUCUUUAUUUAUAAAUUUUCUGUGGGAUGAUUUGCAGUUUUUCAGAAAUGGCAUGUGAUUGAACUUUUUGUCACAGUUCACUGACUUGUUUAAUAAGUAUUUCCCAACAGAAUGCCUUUUGGAUCAAGCUGUGCUUAAUAACUGAAGAUUUUUCCAGGGCACUAACAAUGCUUGAUUGUUCAUAACCAAUGUUCCCUCCCACUUCCACAGGGGAUUCCAAUUUGAAGUAGAUCCCCUGGUCUGAAGAGCAGCUGUUCUUCAAGUUUAUUAUUGUAUUUGAAUGUUCUGAUUCAGUAACAACAGUAUUGUUUACUGUAAAACUAUGUAUAUUUUUCAGUACUUUGAAAAGACAAAGUAGCCUACAUUUUAAAAUGUUUCGAUUUUCUAAACCCAGUUAAAGCUUAUUUAAAAGGCCUUUUCUAUGUAGAGUAUUUAACAGUUAAACUGCUGAAUGCUGCACAUUUGGCUCUUAGUUUGUACAAGUUAGCAUUAUUUCUCUAUGUAAGAGUAACAAUGCUAGUUGUUAUCCAUUGUUCUUCAGCUUAUCUUCUUAUGUCCGGUUGACUUCAGAGAGCAUCAACAACACAUGGAUUUUUAUCCUCACUUUUGUUGACAAAAUGUUGUUUUUUUACUGAUGUCUGUCAAAGAUAAGACUAUGUUUAUUUGCACCUUGAUAGAUCAAACUGAUGAUCAAAAGAUCAACCUUUUGGAACCAAUUUAAUAGGCUUUCAAAGCUUGCAUGUAACAAAGUAUCUUUAUUUAAAGUUUCUUUAAAGGUUUAAAAAAAAAUAUUUUUAUUGUAUUUGGGUGAAUAGAAAAAACUGAAAACAGAGCACUUGGUGACAACA